CUGCUCACUCUCUCUCACUCACUACUCUUUUGUCAGUCUUUCAUUCAGUCAUGUGGGGAUUCCUCUGCCUGCCUGUCUGAACACGGCGCGCUGGGAUGUGCCACGGGAAAGAGACAGACAGAAAACAGACAAAAGGAAACCAGAGAGGGUAUAUAGAGACAGAGAGUGAUAAAGUGAGGGUCACGCAGGUUUAAAGAGGGACAGCACACAUUUCUGAGACGUCUGGUUCAGGAUGGACACCAUGAUGCUGCAGGAGAAACUAGUGGAGAAACUUCUGUGUCCCCGAACCAGAACCACCCGACAGAAGGACAAACAGUAUGUUGGCUUUGCUACGCUUCCUAAUCAAGUCCACAGGAAGUCAGUGAAGAAGGGCUUUGACUUCACUCUGAUGGUGGCAGGUGAAUCUGGAUUGGGAAAGUCUACUCUAGUUAACAGCCUCUUCCUCACAGAUCUCUAUAAAGACAGAAAAUUACUAAAUGCAGAAGAGCGUAUUAAUCAGACAGUAGAGAUCACCAAACACACGGUCGACAUCGAGGAGAAAGGAGUCAAACUCAAACUCACCAUUGUGGACACACCGGGGUUUGGAGACGCGGUCAAUAACAAUGAAUGUUGGAAGCCCAUCACAGACUACGUUGACCAGCAGUUUGAGCAGUACUUCAGAGACGAGAGUGGACUGAACAGAAAGAACAUAUUAGACAACAGAGUGCACUGCUGUCUGUACUUCAUUCCACCGUUUGGACACGGUUUGCGGCCGGUAGACGUGGAGUUCAUGAAGGCGCUGCAUGAGAAAGUGAACAUCAUUCCUCUGAUCUCUAAAGCGGACUGUCUCACUCCUAAUGAGGUCAAAAAGCUCAAGGGCAGGGUGCGAGACGAAAUCGAGCACUUCGGGAUUAAAGUGUAUCAGUUCCCUGAGUGUGACUCUGAUGAAGAGGAGGAGUUCAAACAGAUGGACAAAGAGCUGAAGGAGUGCACUCCGUUCGCUGUCAUCGGCAGUAAUACAGUGGUGGAGGCCAGAGGUCAGAGGGUCAGAGGUCGUCUUUACCCCUGGGGCAUCGUGGAAGUGGAGAAUCAGUCUCACUGUGACUUUGUGAAACUGAGGAACAUGCUGAUUCGCUCUCACAUGCACGACCUGAAAGACGUGACGUGCGACGUGCACUAUGAAAACUACAGAGCCAACUGCAUCCAGGAGAUGACCAGUAAACUUGCGCAGGAUAACCGUACGGACAGUCCACUACCCAUCCUGCCUCUGCCAACACCAGACGGUGAGACAGAGAAACUCAUCAAGAUGAAGGAUGACGAGCUGAAGAGAAUGCAGGAGAUGCUGGAAAAGAUGCAACAACAGAUGCACGAGAAAGACCAGUGAUGCUAACACCCACACACACACACACACACUACAGCCCUCACAGCAGCCCUCAGAUGUGAAUGCAUUUAAAUGAUACUGUACAAAUGUAAUAUCUACAGGCCUGACCCUCAGAUCCGCUCUGUUCAUCUGCUCGGCGCUUCUGUCUGCCUGCAUCAAAUACAGUACCGCUGUCAUGUGAUUCAUCAUCAACGUACAUAAACCAGUCUGACUUAAAUUCACUUCUGAAGGUAUCUCAUUUAUAUUGACUUUUUGUGUGUGAGUUGUUUUCUGAAACAGUGCGGGGGUUCAUGAAUGUGUGUGUGUGUGUUUGGAGAGACAGUGAUGUUCUUUUUGCUAUGAAUUUUUUGGGUUCGAUGGCAGUUUUGAUUUUUAUAGUGCUUGAACUCAGUGAAUGUGAACAUACAGUACGGCUGCAAUAACUGUUACCAAUAAACAUUCUCAGUUCAGAUGGCUGGAUUUAGCUUGUUUUAUAACAACCAUAAUCAGAAUAAAUUCUAUUGUUAUUAUGAGUGUUAAUGGCCUUUAAUAAUUUAUAUUAUGUCAAUUGUUUAUGUAAAUCUUGAAGUAAAGCUUGCUAAUAAAUGUGAAUAAUUUAA